UUCGGAAACAUUGCCAGGCAAUUGGGCCUCGAGAACCCCAAUGCGAUCAAGAAUCCAGUCGCCAGUCGGGAACUGGCAAAGGGGUGGCUGGCCAAUCCUAGGAAAGCCAUCCGUUCAGCAACCGACAUCAUCGGUCAGACCGAGGCAAGUUGGCUAAUUGUUUUCGACAACCUCGACGACUCUGAAAUCCUGGAAGAGUACUGGCCAAUCGUUGGGGGUGGUUCAAGUCUAGUGACAAGUCGAGAUCCUUCUGCAAAAGACAGGAUGGGCACUGGAUGUACCGGUGUCAGUAUGCAACCUUCAAGCGAGGAAAGAGGGGCUCAAUUAUUCCGAAGACUGGCGCCCCGCCCCAGUAACGAGAGCGAUGAGACUGCCAGAGAAAUACAAAAGAGCUAGGGUGCCUUCCCCUUGCAAUUGCGCAGAUGGAAGGCAUCGUAAGGUAUCAGCAGCUAGGCUUCUCUGAAUUCCUUGGGAGAUACAAAGACUAGUCUGAACGAAGUGAGUCGUAUGACUACUCGGUUGGGGGACGCAUCAGCCUCCGUAGAGGGACCAUCGCUUCUGUCUUUGCGCUCGACCAUUUAAGCCAAGAGGCGCAAAAUCUACUGCACCUGUGUUCAGUUCUUGAUCCGGCCGGACUGCUUCUAAGAAGAUCUGUUUGUUUCCUACCCAUCUAAAAGUGGCAGACUGGAGCAUUUUCCGGAGAAGAGUUUCCAUUAUGCGAGCGCAAGGACAGAACUGCUCCGGUGCUCCCUCAUAUAGAGAAACGAAAACAGCAAGGAGUUCCCUCUGCACCGUCUGGUUCAAGAUGAAGUCAAGGCUACCUUGGCUCUCGAUUACCGCAAGCUCCUGAUUCAGAGCGCGACUGAGCUGAUCGCUGCAGGUUCCAACAUGG